UGAAAGUAAACACUUUAAUUCAUUAAAAAUGCCGUCUGAUUGUUAUAAAGUAGAAGUGAUCUACUAUCUAAAUCCCUAUUUAAUCUGGAUAGAAGUAUCUGAUCCUAACGUACCUAAGGAUGAUUAUAUUUUUGAACAAAUUGGUUUAUAUGGUAUUUUACCGCUUGAAACUACAUUAGAUAUUGAGAACGAAGUCAUUAAGGUUCUAAAAUGUGAUGAUUGGGUAAUAGCAGCCAAAACAUUAAUGACGAAUAUCCUUAAAGAUAGUACCGAAGUGUGGUUUACCCCAACGUACAUAGAUAGAAGAACAUCAAUAUUUGAUGAUAACAUACAUAAAUAUGGUGAUUUGAUUAUAAAGUCUAAAAAUGGUGAAUUGAAGCAACUAUCAAAAUUGUUAAUUGCGUCGAACCUCGCACACUUGGAUGUGUGUGAAUUCCACCGACAACUAAGUUCAGGCGAGAUUAAAACCAAACUUUGUUCCAUCAAAACACAGGAUGUUGUUAAAGAAAUUGAAACAUAUUAUACGAAGAUGGCUAAUUCAAAGAUGACAUGCAAGAGAUCUAUUAACAAACAAACAUCCGUGUUUCAAAUUGGACAAGAAUUAGAAUCUGCAUUGACUGUAUCUAAUCUUGAAAAGCAUAACAAUGAAAUGUUAAACACAAUGCUUGAAAACAAACGGAAAGACUUGGAACUGUGUAAAGACAUUGAUGAGGAACCCGUGGGCCGAGGUUGUAGAAAAUCAAAAGAGAAGUCAUAUAAGUCACUAGAAUCGCAGACCUCAUCGUCAGUUACAAAUAGUUCAAAAUGCAAUGACACUCAAGAACUUGAUCAGACUUUUAAGAAUAUUAAAACUUUUUUAGACGCAAAUGCAAAAACUAAUGAUAUAUCCUCAGAAAGUGUGGCAGACACAGUCAAAGUAAAUGCUGUCGAAAAAAAACAACCCCAAGCCUCCAUGUUGAUUAAGAAAUUAAAAAUAAUGAAUCAGUCUGAGAGAGAUAAAAUCAAUAGAGUCCGAAUGAAACAUAAAUUAAACAUUAAACAACAGAUUGAUACUGAAAAAUCAAUCAAUAUUGCGAAGCCUAUACAACAAAAUACACAAACAAAUGAUGAAGAUUUUGAAACUAAUGCAUCAACCUCUUACCUCAACCGAAAAAUGAAAGUCGUCGAUGAUAAAGAUGGUGUGAAACAAAUUGCCUAUGGACCUCCAGGGAUGGACCUUAAACUAUGGAAAAUUCAGGAAGUAAAACAAGAUGUUCAGGGUAAUGUGACACAAGUAAUCAAUGUUGGUGAUGUUGGUGAAGAAAAGAAAAGCGAGACCCACAAUCUCAUAGGUGAAGUUGACUCAGAGUUUAGUAUUGAAAUAACAAAUAAAAAGAAAUUGUCUGACUAUUGUAAUACUAUGCUAAAAAACGAGGCAACAUUAGGCUUAAGUAGUGAUAAACAUCUGAAUGUCUGUGAUGAUGAUGAUUCAAGCGAGAAACAUAAGUCAUCGACGAGUUCUUUACUUUUAAAUAAAAAGUUAAGAGCAUACGGCAACUUGUCCAAACGUAACCGUAGUUUGUCUAGCUCUGACACAUCCAAUAAAGAUUCGUCCAGCGUAUCCGAUACUAAUAAAAACAUUGACAAAGAUGAAAACGACGACAUAUGUGAAGUCAUUCAAAGGAUAGAUGAACAGUACAAAGUUAUACCGUCUAUCAAAAACAAACAGAAACAAAAUGAUGUGACAUUAACUAGGUUAAAAAAUAAUGUCAAUCCAUUUAAAAAUAUUGACCCAAGCCUAUCAGUCUUCGUCGAUAAACUCGUAUCACCUAUCCUUCUAGUACACACUAAAAAGAAUAAACGCAUCCAACCGAUUUUUGAAAUGAGAGACGUAUUUUUCAAUUCUCAUAUACAUCUCGUACUUAAAAAUAUGUCGAUUGAACAUCCGAUGACGGUGCAAAGUGUAUCUUGGAAUACAAUAUUAAGGGGUCACAGCCUUUUCAUGAUAAGUCCUCCAAAUAGUGGGAAAACUUUGGGCUAUUUACCAGCUGUAUGUCGUCUUAUAAGCGACGUGUGCUUCGAUAGUGUUGAUAGUGUGGGUCCACUUUGCAUCAUCGUUUGUGCUACGGCGAAAUCCGUUGCGAUUAUAGAAGAAAUGGCGAAAAUGUUCCUGGGCUUAGAUGAUAAAAUCUUAGCGUGCUAUGCGGGUGUUGAUGAUUUCCAUAUUACGACAAAGUUGUUGAAUGGUUGCGAUUUAUUAAUAUCUACGCCAGCAUCACUUAUUCGGAUAAUGCAACUCAGUGAAUUCGGUGUCGAUCUGCGUCGCCUAUCAAUUUUUGUAUUAGAUGAUUGCGAACGUCUAGCGGUCACGUACGAGGAUGAAAUGAAAUACUUUCUAUUUAAAAUUAAAGAAACGGUCGCGGCUAGAGCCAAUAACGAGUCAAAAGUUCAAUACGUAAUCGCAUCUCGAGUCUGGUGUGAUUUCAUGCAACCCCUAGCGAAGAAAACAACACCAGAUACUGUAAUUUCUUUUAGUGCGUUUCAAGAAAGUGUUCUAUAUUCGAAAGCCGAAACCUCUGUUAGUUUCGUCGAAAUUGAAAAUAAGAUAGAUACGGUAUUCGAGUUUUUAAAAGAAAUCGAUAGAUCUAAGAAAACGGUAAUAGUUUGCAAAUCGGAUGAUGAAGUCGAUUUAAUAGAGAGGGCUUUAAAACGAUCUAAACACGUAGUGUUCGCAAGUAAUAAUAAUAUGACAGUUCAUGAUCUAUACAACAUUAGCCUGUCGUGGGCAGAUUUCGAAGAACCAUUAGUAGGACCGAUACUGGUUUGUUGUGACGGGAAUUUGACCCAUAUGAAUAUAACGGAUGCACAUCAUCUGAUUCAUUAUUCCUUACCAAAUCUUUUUUCAAUGUUUUGUAAACGUUUCUGUGUUUUAAACGACAAUUAUCCGUCUAUAUUCAAAGAUGAGAAUCAAAACGUUAAAAUUAAAAUUCUCCUAGACGGAACAAAUGUUGAGCAGCUACCGAAGAUUAUGAACUUCAUUAAACGCUGCACAAAUAACGUUCCCCAGUUCUUGGAUGAAGUUUGUAAUAAAAUUUUAAAAGACAAAGACUUGAUCAAAGCCAAAAAUUAUAUUCCUAUUUGCGACAAGUUGCUUAUGUUAGGAUCUUGUCCAGAUAUAUUCAAUUGCCAAGAGAGACAUACAAUUUUGAAGGAAUACGAUUCACCCCAAGAAUGGAUGCCUAAAGAAGGACUUAUCAGUUUCAAAAUUCUCCAUUAUCAUUCUGCUGUUUUGUAUUCCGCGAGGCUUUUGACUAACGUCGUUAAUGGUGUCGUUACUAAAUAUCCACAAUCAUAUAGUUCUCUUUUCAUAAAGAUGGGUAUGUAUUACAGCAAAGAGUCGAAUAGGAGACUUCACGGUAUUCCAAAAAUAGGAGAUAUUUGUGCAGCGUCGGUAAAAACAAACUUUUACGUACGAUGUCAAGUUGUUAAAAUUUUAAGUAACUAUCAAAGCGGUAAUCCUAAUAAUUUAUUAGUAAAUUUGAUCGAUGAAGAGAAAUAUGAGAUAACAAGAGAUAUUUAUCUUUAUUAUCUACCUGAAGACUUAAAAGAAAUCAAGACACCUGUUGUGCUCGUCAGAUUAGCCAACGUUAAACCUAAAGAUAAAGACAUUACAUUUUCAAAUUUAGCAAUUGAAAAAUUUAAAAAAAUAACAGAUAAUGAGGAUCUUUACAUCAAAGGGCACGUAUCUCUGACUCUAGGAAACUGUGUUUUUGUUGACACAUUAGAAGUGUGCCAAGAAUUAACUUCUUUAAAUGAAACGAUCGUGAAACACAAUUUAAAACAAGAACUCUUAGAGAAUCAUGCUCAAUUAAACCCAGAGCGCGUACAACAACUUAAAAAACUGUCUAUUGACAGUGGUUUGAGUUAUGCAGAAGUUGUUAGGCCGGAAACUCAAAAUCCGGUUAAAAAUUUUCCAAAAGGAUCAUGGGCACAUUUAGAAACUGGUGUAUUAAGCACAGUAUUUUUGUCUUCUGCUAAAAGUCCCGAUAAGUUCUUCGUUCGUCUUAAUAAAUUUGAAUCAUGUAUGAGCUCUUUACUGCAAGAUAUUAAAGAAUAUUCAGAAGGUUUCUUUAAUAAUGAGCUUCGUAAUGUAAAAGAGGGUGAUUUGGUUUUAGCUGAAUUUCCUGAUGAUUUGACUUUCGAAAGAGCAAGAAUCGAUGGCAUAAGUGAAGACACAGCGAAAUGUUUCUUUGUAGAUCAAGGAGACUGGAAAGAAAUACCUAUUAAGCAUAUUAUUCCAAUAACAGAGAAGUUUAUAAAUAAAUUGCCUUUCCAAGCAAUUGAAUGCAGAUUGAUAGGCAUACAGCCACCGGGCGAUGAUUGGUCGGAUUUCAGUAAAAAUUGGUUUUUCAAUAAUUGUUUCGAAGAUAAAAAUGGGGAUUUAAAACAUUUGUACAUUAAAUAUUUUACAAAAGAACCGGCUGAAUUUACAGGUGGAUACAAAUAUGGAGUGGCUUUAAUAGAUACAAAUACGGAUAACGAUGUGGUUAUAAAUCAACUCAUGAUUGAUCUUAAUCUGGCCAAAGAAAAUAUUAAAGAAAGGGAGUAUCUUAACAAGUUGCUUCCAGAUACAAGAGAGUCAGGUCACGUACAAACAUUUGAAGAAGAAAACGACCACCUUAAUGAUUUACUUCCAGAUACAAAUGAGUCUGAUCAAAUACAAACAUUUGAAGAAGUGGAAAACGAAGAUGAUGAUGAAAAAAUGUCCAAAAUUAAUCUGGACAUAGUCAGCGCUGGGAAUAAUACAAUUCAAGUACCGCAACCACUUAGAUCUGCACCGUUGGUUGAUUCUGAUUCAAGUGAUUUUGAAAGAUGGGAUGUUAAUAUGGAUCAUAGUGUUUUAAGCAAUCUAUUUCCAAGAUUGAACUCCAAUAUCGAACGUAAUGUAACUAAAGAUACUGACGAUGACUCCAGUGCAGAUGAAAAUCAAGUUGUCCCUUUUCGCCCAAAAGAGACAAACAUAGAAGCUAACAUAAAAAAUGAACCACAAGAAUUAGAUUCUGAUGAUUUUACUUCGUCAGAAUUAUCUCAAGCAUGUAACGUAUCAAACGAUAAACCAAAUUUAUCAUCAGAGGUAGAACAGAAGAGGCGACCGAAAUUGCUAUGGCGUCAAAAUAAAAAUAUGGUUUUCGUAAAAAUUGAAUUAAUUGACGUUAAAGACUACAAUCUCGAAUUUGACGUUCGCAAUUUAAAAUUUAGUUCGAACGUAAAUGGUGUAAAAUAUGAAUUUGAAAUUGAAUUAUUUGGUGUCAUUGAUAGAGAUAAAUCUUCUCAUGUUAAAACAGGGCUUUAUAUAACGGUGAAACUAGUAAAAGUUUUGAAAACGAAGUGGGUGUCUUUAACUAAAGCAUUUGACACAAAGCAUUGGAUUACAUAUGACGUAGAUUCUAUUGACACGUCGUCUGAUGAGGAAGAAGUUGAUAAGAGUACUAUGGAAAAAAUAAUAAAGGUGAUGCAUGACGCUGAUGAUGAGACUGACGAUGAUGAGUUUUUGGAUGAUGUGAAUUGUACAUAUGGCAAAUAUGAAUAAUUGUAUUAAACUGCUGUGUUGAUAAAAUCAAUCUAGUCAGAUAUAAAAAAAUAUAUAUCCACGCGGUUGAAAUAUGUACAUAUUUAUACUCAAAGUUAAGAAUUUUGUAAUUGCAGCUCUUGUGAACUCGCACUUGUUCACUUGCUAGAAUACGUUGUGUUUUAAUGUUGAUAAAGUCCAUCAAGUUAAGAAAAACAUUGUAAAUAAAGGAAAUUAAACCGAUUCCAUAUUACCAGCUGCCCUAAAUAAAGUGACAAAAAAAUUAAAUUAAACUUAAGUUCAGUAAAAUAUUAACUCAUUAACGACUUAGAUCGUAAGAAAUAUAUGUUGCUACUAAGCUAACCAUCUUGGACUAAGAUAUGUUAAACUAGUUGUCGCACGCGUGUUCACUCGCGUAUUAAGGGUUGGUGGUCAGAUAUUAGGCAUAAAAAAAGUAGUCUGUGUCCUUCCUUGGAGUUCAAGCUUAUCCCCAAGCAAAUUUCAUGAAAUUCGUUUCAAUGAUUUGGCCUUCAAAGAGCAACAGACGGACAGAGACACUUUCGCAUUUAUAAUAUUAGUAUAUAUGAUAUUUAAUUUAUGAGCCUUGUAAGGUUUCGUAGAUUUAAUGAAAACAUAAAACUUAUAUUUACUAAUACAUAAGUAAUGGCGACGCCUGCUCUCUUAUGUAAUUAUAUCGAUGUAAUGAAUACUAAUAUCCUUAUGUAUAUAGUCAACUUUGUGCGCUAUUUUGUGUUAUUUUUUUAUAUAGAUUUAAGAAAUAAAAAUAUAAGUUUAGUAGGUACAUUUAAUAUAUAAUUAUACACAUUUUUUAUAAAUAAUGUUUAAUAUAAAAAAAAAACAUUAUUUAUAAAAAAAAUGAAUAUUCCUACUUAGCUAAAAACAUCCCGAAUGUGAUGUGAGAUUGUAAAUAGUUCGGAGAGCUCAUAUUUAUAGAAUGAAAAGUUUCAAUUUUCUUUUGCGUUACCUCAAAUAUGUAACUUAAGAUUUAAUACCAUAUUACUGUGAGUAAAAAAUUAUAUUGACUAAUUGCUUAAGUUCUCUCCGUUCCACAAUUAAUUAUGUAAAGUAUUUUAACAAACAAUAGAUUUUCUCAAAUACUUUUGUAUGUAAGACAUAAAAAGUAAGAUCAGUUAUAUACACUAUAAAUAAAAUAGGACCUAAAAUUGCCCUCGGGCUUUUGGAGCCAUUGUAUUCUAAUACAUUUAAGAGUAUUUAAUAUAUGUUAAGUAAAAUUAUAUUAAUAAUUCAAAAAUAUUUUUGUAAAUAGUAAAUCUUCCUUAGGAAUACUCUAAUAGGUAUUUGUAGUGAUGCCAUUUUGUAUUAUAUUUAGACUAUUUCGGCAUUAUUCGUAAGAUUUUUGUAAAUCGAACUGAUUCAACGUUAAACUCCAGUUUCAUAGAUAACUAGUUAUCGCCCGCGGUUUCGCUCGCGUUUUAGCGGUAGGUCGUCAGGUGUUAGGUAAAUAAAAGUA